AUGAAAAGCCUUGGGCAUGUCUACUUGGAAGAAAUAAAGGAGCUCAUCACAAACUGGACUGAUGACUCUCCUAAUCUCAGGAGCCAAAAGCUUGGUUCACUUAAUAUGAUAAUGAAGGACCAAUGUGUAUCUUUUUCAUCACAAGACCUCAAUGAUGUGUCUCUGCAGGAGAUAAAUGAAUAUGAAUUUGUUGAAGGUGAUGACCUCAAUUCUCCACGGUAUGGGCACAUCCUUUUGGGCUGGAGCUCAGGGAGAGAAGCAGAGUUUACGGAAACACUCAGUGAAGAGGAACUAGCAUCAAACAUCACCAGGAUUCUAAGGCAAUUCACUGGGAAACCUGUGCCAUGGCCAAAAAAUGUUUUUGUAACAAAAUGUUUCAGUAACCCUCACACCCAGGGCUCCUACUCCUUUAUAUCCAUCAGUUCAACUGGAGAUAUGAUUGACACACUGGCUGAACCCUUACCACAGGAAGGAGGGAAUAUGUUGCAGAUUUUGUUUGCUGAGGAAACAACACAUCAGAGCUACAACAGCACCACCCACGGAGCACUGGUGUCUGGGUGGAGGGAGGCAGAUCGACUGAUUAAUCAUUAUUCCACCAGUGAGGAACAACAUCUUCAAACUAAAGAAGUGAUUUAA